AUGACAUCGCCGGCUAACUGGGUGCCCAGAAAGAAGGUUGCCAUCGUUGGCAGUGGCUCUGCCGGUAUUGGUGCUCUGUGGGCCUUGAAUCGUACGCACCAUGACGUCUAUCUCUACGAGGCGGCUGAUCGCCUGGGUGGCCAUACCAAUACGGUAGAAUGGAAGAAGGGCAAAUUCACCACCUUGGUCGACACAGGCUUCAUCGUCCUCAACGAAGCAACAUACCCAAACUUCAUUAACUUCCUCAACUAUAUGAAGGUCAAGACCGUGCCCACUCAGAUGACCUUUGGAUUUUCAAGGGAUCGUGGGAAAUUCGAAUGGGCAGGGUCAAGUUUAGAUUCCAUAUUCUGUCAGAGGAAGAACCUUUUUUCUCUACGGAUGUGGAGGCUCAUUUUCGAUAUCAUCCGUUUCAACAAAUUUGCGCUCGAUUUGUUGAAGGAUGACGACAAUGACGUCUAUCUAAACACCGAAACCUCGGCUGCGCCUAUGGAGACUAUUGGACAGUAUUUGGAUAGAGAAGGGUACUCUGAAGCUUUUCGCACCGACUACCUAAUCCCUAUGACGGCCGCUGUAUGGAGUACGAGUCCUGAUAAGUGCACCUUGGAGUUUCCGGCUGUGACGCUCGUACGUUUUAUGUGGAAUCAUCAUCUCCUAAGCACAUUUGCGAGGAGACCAGACUGGCUUACACUAGAGAACGGGGCUAAAUCGUACGUUAAUGCUGUGAUGAGAGGGUUCCCACCAAACCAUCUAUUUCUCAAAACCACAGUCAAGCAUCUUAGCAACGACAAAGACGGGCGUGUGAAGUUACAUUUAGAAAAUGGCAAGACGGAAGUAUACGAUCACGUCAUAUUAGCGACACAUGGGGACCAAGCAUAUCAGAUCAUUAAGCCUUCGGCAACUGCAAAGGAGCGGGCCAUCAUGUCCUCGUUUGAAAGCUCGGAGAAUACCUGCGUUCUCCACUCAGAUCUUUCACACAUGCCGAGGCGGCAAAAUUCCUGGUCCGCUUGGAAUUAUCUCGCGUUGUCAUCGCCUUGGACGAAUAAGGACAUUGAUCAAGUGUCGUUGACUUAUAACAUGAAUAUACUACAACAUAUUCCGAGGCAAGCUUUUGGCGAUGUCCUGGUGACGUUAAACCCCAUCCAGGAACCGAAGCCGGAGACUGUACAAGGCCGAUAUUCAUACUCACACCCGCUGUAUAACCCUGCAGCGAUCCGAGCGCAGCAAGCGUUACCGAUAAUACAGAAUACCAGAGGGAUCAGCUACGCGGGCGCAUGGACUAAGUACGGGUUUCACGAAGACGGAUUUAGUAGCGGACUGUACGUAGCCCAAGCUCAUCUCGGAGCUAGAUUGCCUUUCCAGUUUGUAGACUCGACCUACAGUCGUGGAAAGCAACCUAGGUUGGGUAUAUUAGACUUGUUUGUAAGAGUUGUCAUCCUGCUGAUUCAGGUAUUUGUUAUAAAUUUGUUGGAGAGGGUAUUCGGCAGGAUUACGAAGAAUGUAUCAACACAACAAGGAAACGGUAUAGGAAAUGGAAAGCUUUACUUACCAACUCUUCCAUCUACCAUAAUGAACACCCUCUCCCAGACCUCAUGGCGGGCACUCCGAGCCAGCACCUCAUCAGCUUCGCAAUGGGCAUGCGCAUCGUGCCGUCGCGCCCUCGUCCGGCCGUCUCCCCGCCGAAGCGUAACGAAUUCCUCGGCGAGGAAACAGCAGACCACUCCUACUGCCCCCGGUCCCGGCGCCGGGAUGCCGUCGAUGGAACGCGUGCGCGAGUACUAUAGAUUUAAGAAUCGCACGACUAUGUAUUACACGCUUAGCAUUAUACUCGGCACUGUUGCCUUCUCGUACGGCUCCGUGCCGAUGUAUAAGAUGAUAUGCCAGACAACCGGCUGGGGCGGCCAGCCCGUCCGCGCGCACGGCCCCUCAAGCGACGACGCAGACUUCGACCAGGCAUCGCGACUUAUCCCCGUGACGGACGCGCGACGCAUCCGAGUCACGUUCAACGCCUCGGUAUCAGACGUCCUGCCGUGGAAAUUCGUGCCGCAGCAGCGGGAGGUGCGCGUGCUGCCCGGAGAGACGGCGCUGGCGUUCUACACGGCGACGAACCGCAGCGACAGCGACAUCAUCGGGGUGGCGACGUACAGCGUCACGCCCGCGCAGGUCGCGCCGUACUUCAGCAAGAUCCAGUGCUUCUGCUUCGAGGAGCAGCGGUUGAACGCGGGGGAGACGGUCGAUAUGCCCGUGUUCUUCUACUUGGAUCCCGAUAUGCUGAACGAUUUGAACAUGCGCGGGAUCAACGAGGUUACGCUCAGUUAUACGUUUUUCAAGGCGAAAUACGAUAAUAAUGGAAACUUCAAGUCGUUCCCGACGACGUAG